UUCAGUAGAUUUGUGUGUUUUUAAAAUCUUUUUAUAAUUUAAAAUGAAAGUUAAUUUUUAAUACAAUUUUAAACUUCUUAAAUUUUUUUUUAUUUGAUUAUCAUUUAAGAAGAUAAUUCUGUUUUUUUUUUUUACAGAUUUUCAUAGGUCAUCAUCUUCUUCUUGAUAUUAUUUCUAAUCCCAUUUGACUCAGGAAUGCGCUAAAACCAAUCUUCUAACAAUGACUGUUACUCAGUUAGUAUCUCAUAAUGUCAAACAAGAUAGCCAAGAAAUAAAUGAUGAAGAAGAGGAAGAAGGAGAAAUUGUUUUUGAAUCACCUAAUUUUUUAAAAAUGAAUCAAGGAAUGUGUGGAAGCAAAUUCCAAUAUUUUGAUGCCUCUACGUACGCUAAGAGUUUCAUGCCAACAAAUGCAUGGGAAAGUAAUGACAUUAAGAGACCUUGUUUUUCCGAAAAUUUGAACAAAUUAUACUCGUGUCAUUUAUUAUAUCAUAAUAAUUAUUCCUCAUCGUUUUCCAAACAUUCAUUUCUGCCAGUACCUACACUAGAAAAUAGCUUUGUAUCCCCUACGGAUAUGGGUGAUAUGGCGAUGUGUAUACCAUGUGAAAACGAAACAGAUUUGAAUCAAAAUGUAUUACAAGAACCAAGUCUUUACCGAAAUUCAAUGUAUACCCAUUUUAUUUCCGUAUGGAUCGUCAUGAAAGAAUUUGAUUUUUCGAUUAUUUUUAAUGCAGUGAAAAAAGCUACAUUUUGUUUCACCGUAAAAUCAUUUAACCAUCGUCAAUAUGGAUGUUUUUUCAUUUUUUAUUUUAAAUCCAAUAUGGACGCACAUCUUGCCAGUCAAGCUCUCACUCAUCUUACCUUUGUCUUUUCAAGUACUAAGAAUGGUUAUACUAUUCAACCAUUUAAUUUUUCCGGUAUCAAUCAAGUCGCACCUUUGACAUUUCAGUUAGUCCAACCCUUCAACAAGAAUAAAACAAAUGGUUUGGGUGAACCCCUGACAUUAUCUCUUCCCCAAAACAGUGAUUCAUAUAAUGGUUCGGGUAGACACACACAAAAAGAAAAAGUGCAACGUGUGAAACAUGCAAUAAACAAGUCAACAUACGACAUGUCGAAUGGUAUGUACUGCUCGAACGAGGAAACUAAAACAGAGGAAAUUAUGGAGGAAAAGGAUAUCUCGUUAACUAAAUCUUUACCUUGUAGAGUCAUAGGGAACUCGGAUUAUUCCUUAACGAAUAAAUUAAAUGAUGAAUUUUUACAGCAAGCUUCUUGUGGAUUCAAUGAUAUGAAACAAAACGCAUGUGUUGAAGUCAUGCCAUUAUCCUAUCAACAAUUAAUUGAUUCUAUGGAAAAAGGCUAUGGUAGUAGUGAAGAAGGUUUUGAGAUUUUGAAAUAUCAUUUACCACGUUGCUUAACAAAUCCCAUUUUAAAAAAUUUGUACCUUAGUUUAAACUCAAAAAAGCACCAUGUACAUUUUCCUACUUCGUAUUGGUGUGAACAUGCUACUUUUAACGACCAAACGAAGGAUUAUGAGAAUUUACUACACCACUAUACUUUAAAAAAUAGAUAUCUUCUUUUUCAUAAUUUACCUAAUGAACUAUCCAGCACGAAUGCAUUAAAAUUUUAUUUUACAUCCAAAGGGCUUGAAUUACAAAAUUUCCAGAUGGAAAUUGUGGAUCAAAAAAGUAAUACCGUAACAGCCCAUGUGGCAUUUAAAACGAAAAAAGAAGCCUAUGAAGCUCACAGGUUACUGGUGAAUCAUUCAUUAGGUAGUGAUAUGACAGUGCAAUUUUGUGGACCACGUAGAGCAAGUCAUACUUUAUGGAUAGGAAAUUUAACAAAUGUGGCAUGCGAAUGGAUUGUGUCAAAAGGUUUUAAUGAGUUGUUACAUAAUUUUCAAGGCCUUUCACGGUUACGUGUUUUACCUGAAAAAAAUUGCGCCUUUGCUACGUUUGAAACGAAACAGCAGGCUGUAUUCGUUCGUAACUUUUGUCAUGGUUUACUCUUUGGAUAUUUAGGAAAUAAGGUACGAUUAAAUGUUGAUUUUACCGUAUCGGUAAAUGAAGUAGAACAAGUACCUGUUCGGGAUGACGUAUGUGAAUUUUGUCUUAAUCGGCAUACGGCAAAUGAAGACAGCACAGUUAAAAAACCUUUUAUUACCGUUCCACCCCAUUUGGAAUUCUUUCUUCAUGAUCCUUUACAUGUGUCAUGUGUUGAUGGAAACAAUUCAAAGUUGAAUAUAGAAACAAACGUACCUCCUCAAAGCUUUGAUAUGUUCGACUCUUCUUUUGUAAAAGCAACAGAAAGUGGAAAAGUUACGAUUGAAGCAACGAAGGAUGUCGACGUUACAGUUGAAGGUAUGGUAGUUCAAAUAAAUACAUAUAAAGAGUCAAGCAAUGUGAAAGAGACGGAACAUUCAGAAAAGCAUGAGAUCGUGACAAGAAUGGAAGUGGAAAGUGACGAGUUGAUGAGUGAAGGAAACCAAAAAACGUUGAAUACAAACAAAUCAAAACUAACCAAACAAAUGACGAAGAGAAUUGUGAACAUUUUGAAAGAAAAUGAUGAUCAGAGAACACAUUCUAACGACGUUGAUGAAAACGAAAAAAAUCUCAAAGAGAUGUCGAGGGAAUUCAAAACCUGUAAGGAGAGCCAUAAAGGAUUGAAAAAUAUGAAACAGAGGAAUGAAAAAUUGAUGAUUGCAAAGGCGAAGAAUGAACAGGGCCAAAAUUUAAACCAUAAUAAGAAAGAGUUGAAUAAUGGGACAGGGAUAAAUAACUUAAAGAAAGAUGACAAGGAAGGAAGUGAAGAUAAAAAAGAUGUCCACAUAGCAAUUGACAAAUGGGAAAAUGCUACCGUUAUGAAUGAUGAUCUUAAGGAUGAAGAUCAUCCAAGUACAGAAAAUCCAAAUUUGUGUUUGAAAAAAGUACGAGCGGAAAAUGUGAACAUUAUGAGUGAAGCAAAAGAAAUUAGCAAGAUGAUAUUUGAAAAUAAGGAAAAUGUUAUGAAUUCAACAGAGGAAACAGUGAAUCGUAUGAAUAAAGGAACAGAAAAUGUGACGGAGUUUAUUGUAGCAAAGGAAAGUGGAAGAGACAAAAUUGAAAAAAAGAACAGUUUUUCGGAAACACAAAAACGAAAACAGUUUUUAUGCCCAACAUUUAAAGAGAAAAAUAAUAAAGACAAAGAAUUAGAGCUGGGUACAGCUAGCUUACUUUGUAGCUUUAUGGAGACUGCAACACCAAAAUACAAAAGGGAACCGUUGAAGUCUAUUUGUUUAGAUAAAGAUAACAAAAUUCAAGCGAAGAAGAAUGAAGAGACAAAGCCAGAUGUCCAACACACACAAGGGAAUAAAGACAGGACUGAACAAUUGGAAAAAAUGUGUAACAAAAAAAAGCAACGCUCUUCAAAAUAUCCUUGGUUGGAAAACAAAAUGUCAAGUAGUGUGGUAGGAAAUGAUGGAUUAGAGGUAUCGAGCAAAAAAACAACAGAUUUAAAGACUUUGUCAACUGAGUGUGGUUUGGGUCGAGACACGAAUGAUGUGAAAGUGAGAAAACAAAAUCAAAACAACGUUAUGUCAAAAGCACGCAAUACAAAGAAACUAUUGCCAAUUGAAGGAUUUCAAACAAAGAAGGUCCCUUUAACUCAAGCCAAACGUGCUGUGUGUUUUUCUGGUACGAAAACUGUUGAAAUGGAAGGGAUAUCAAGCUAUAAUUCUUGUGAGAUGAAAAACAUGACACACUGCGUGAAUGGGAAGAACGAAACAGAAAAUGUGACUAGCAGAAAAACACAUAAACAUCAAUGUCGCGUGAAGACAGUCAAUCAAAAUCUUCGGAUAAAACAAAACCAAGAACAUGCGUCUGUUGUGGAAAAAGGAACUUUUCAAAAGAAAACAAAAUACUCCUUAAAAAACAAAGUCGUUAAAUGGAGGGGCAUGUGUGCGGGUGCCACUGUACGUGACAUUGUUGUGUUAAAAACGAAUGCUCCUCAAAAAAAAAGACCGUUCCUAUCAGAAGAGCAAGGCUACGCAACAAGUACACAAGAAAUGAACAGUGGACUUUUUUCGCAUACCGCCUUUCUUUCAGAUGACAAUGAUAGCAUUUUGAUUCCUAAGUUAAAAAAAAAAACAACAUGUACAGAUUCUGUGAAUACUAUACCGGUACAAAAAUUCCAACCACCUACUCAAAAUUUAUCACCGCCUUUAAAAGAUUCUGUAGCAACUACUGUUGAUCAAGAUAUAAACGUGAGUGACGAAAUUCCUCUUAGUCAGUUAUUAAAGAGUGAGUCCAUGGAAAUUGAAGAAAUAUCGUCAUUUGAGAAUAAGACGUGCCUUGGACACAAAGUUGAAGAACAAGCGUUUUGCAUUCAAGACAAUAAGGAAAUAAAACAAGUUCCUCUUGAAAUUGAACCUGCCCCAUUCCAUGAUAAUCUAAAAGAAGAAAAGGAAGAGAAUAUGGGGAAUCCUGUUAUGCGAGUACCUAUGUUUCAAAAAAGCGAUUGGCCACGUUUAAAAAAUAAAAACUUUUUAAAACGAGAAUCGUUACUUAAUAAAUCAGUGCAUUUGAAACAUACGCACGGGUUGGAAAAACAAGAUCUCCAUAUAACCAGCGCCGCGCAGAAAAGUUUUCUUAAGAAAAAUACAAUUGAAUUGUUUACUGAAGAAAAAAAAGAGAAGGUUCAACAAAAUAAUCUCUCCUCUAUUGUAAAAGGAACGUGUCAGUUAAUGAAACAAGGACAAUUUGUGUGUUUCGUCAAUUAUCAAUAUAAACAAGGAAAAAUUGAACGAAAUUUACCAACCAUUCUGGAUGUUUCUGCUCGAACAACCAUUACUAUAUUGUAUGAGCGUGUUCAACAAAAAUGUCAUGAACUAACAAUAUGGCAAUUGGUACCGUUGGAAGAUACUACACCUUAUGAAACAUUAUGUGACUAUUUCAAAUCUCGUGAUCGUAUUGGCCUUGUGGAAUCAUGUAAAAAAACAAUUUUUUUAGUACCACUUAAAGAUUCAUCGGAAAUUCUUAAUUUACAUGUGAAUAAAAUGACCUUAUUUGCAGUGGUGAUUCAUGGGUGUUUAUUAAAGCCUAAAGAAAAUUCAUGAAGGAUUUUCCUUAAUCUUGUUUUGAUCAUAAAACCGCAGCAGGUCGAGCAGUCUUCUCAUCUUUUUUAAUUUCAAUGAUGGUUCGACGUGGCGGUCUCCAUAUUACAUAAAGUCUUGUUGUUCGCUUUUCAAACAACACUGGACGGCGUAAGACCGUUAACAAUAUCUUUGCAUUCUUCAACGACCAAUGCUACUUUUUUAUAAUCAAUUAAGAAAACCUAGUUUGGAAAGAAUAUUGGAUGAAAUCAUUUUGUUACAAUUGAAAAUUAUUAGAAUUUACCAAACGAUGCUCUGUCACAUCUUCUAAAGAUUCUCGUGAACCUUUUUUAAUACUACUAGCUACACGGCUCUAAAAAAAGCAUUAUGUCAAUCGCUGAUAAAAGAAUCAAA